CGUUCUCUUCCUCCAAUUAAUAUAUUGUAUGAGAAUGAAUUAAUUUCUGUAAAUAGUCAUGUUAAAUUUUUAGGUUUAAUUUUAGAUUCAAAAUUGAAUGGAAUUCAACAUUGUAAUUACAUUACAAACAAGUGUUUGAGUAAUAUGAAUAUCUUGCGUUCUCUUGCCGGUGUAUGGUGGGGUGCCCACCCAUUCAAUUUAAAACUUUUAUAUAAUGCCAUAGUAAGAUCAGUUUUAGAUUAUGGUACUUUUUUACUUCAACCAGGGGAUGUGAAUGCUUUCAAAAAACUAGACUCUAUACAGUCUAAAGCACUCCGAAUUAUCACUGGAGCCAUGAAAUCUAGUCCUGUUACAGCAUUACAGGUAGAAUGUGUUGAUCCUCCUCUUCAUUUGAGACGUCAAUAUUUAUCGGAUAAAUUCGUUUUCAAAUCCCUACAAAUCCAAAAUAAUCACAUUAUUACCAAACUUAAAACUCUAAAUGAGCUCAUAGAAUCCUCUUCAUUUUGGAAACAUAAACGGUUACCAUGUUUAAUAAUUAGCUAUAGAAAAUAUUUGUCUAUUCAAACUCCAACUCAUCACUCUCAUAUUUUCCCUCUAUUUUGUGUAAACUAUAAGGCAUUGAUUUUAAAGCCGGAUAUUCAUCUUGACAUGGGUGUUUCUAAGUACCAACCGCAACCAAAUACUAACUUUAAUUUCGUAAUAGACCAAGAUUGGAAUGACUAUAACCAUAUAUAUACAGAUGCUUCUAAACACCCUCAAGGUUGUGUUGGUGUAGGAGUCUAUCAUUCGCAAUCAAAAAUAGUUGAAAAGAUAAAAUUACCAUCUGAAACAUCAGUGUUCACUGGUGAAUGUUUUGGAAUAUACAAGGCCAUAGAAUACAUUUUGAUAUUUAAAAUAAAGAAAACAUUAAUACUAACCGAUUCAAAGAGUGCUUUACAGGCUCUUGCAAAAUUUCCUUUUAAAUCUCAACCUAUUUACCCUAUUCUCUUAGACUGCAGAAAAUUGUUAAUGAGAUGUAUGGAUCAAAAUCUUACAGUAUCAUUUGUAUGGAUACCUAGCCAUUGCGGAAUUAAAGGAAAUGAAAUAGUUGAUGGAAUUGCAAACGAGGCUAUCAAUUGUGGUGAUAUUUAUUGUUUCAAAAAUUAUAGUCAUGAUUUAGUUAGCCUCCCUAAAACAUAUUUGAAUAAUGCUUGGAGUGCACAGUGGUAUAAUGGCGAUAAAGCGAAAUAUUACCGAAGGGUACAACCAACCAUUCCUUCCAAACCAUGGUUCUACAAAUAUAAUUUUAAACGCCAUGAGACUUCCAGUUUGAUACGGAUGAGAUUAGGCCACACAUGUAGUCCGGCUCAUCUAGCGACGAUCGGAGUGCUGGAUAGCAAUAAGUGUGAAUGCGGUGCGGACAUUGGCGAUUUAAAUCACAUUAUUCUUUCAUGUCCCCUUUUUGAUCAUUCACUUCUAUAUAGUUCUUUAUCAUCACUUAGUAUUCCUUUCCCUAUAUCUGUACCUUAUUUAUUACAUACAGUAGACCCAGUUAUUUAUAAAAUUAUUAUCUUAUUCCUCAACAGUUUUAAACUAAAAUUAUAAUUAUAUAUAUUAUUUAUUCUUCCUAAUUAUAUUAAUCCUAAUCCAAUUUUCCUGCCUAAACCUUAUAUAACUUAUAUUUUCUGAUUUGCUUUUUGCUUCCUAACCUUUAUUUUGAAAGUGGCAAAUAACACUUGGUGUUGGGUCCAAAAAGAAAAAAAAAAAAAAAAAAGAAAAUAAGUAGGUAAUUAAGUAACCUUUGAUCUCCCUCGUUUUAGGUUUUAGUUCUACUGCAAAUUAAUUCUUAUUGACUUAUAAGUUAGUAAAUAAGUAUGUCAUUAUCACCAGAAGUAUUGCUGAAUGCAGUUACUCGAUCGAUAUGCAUAUCAAAGUUAAAAGAACUUCCAAUAUUUUUAAGCAAAGAGGUAACGUAUAAAACCAAAGCCUCUGUUUUAGUACCAUUAUGUAUUGAAAACGACCAAGUUUGCCUGUUAUAUACUCUAAGAUCGUCUAAUUUGAGCAAUCACAGCGGACAAGUUUCUUUUCCUGGUGGUAAAAUGGAUAAAAAUGAAGAUGUUUAUGAGACUGCUUUACGGGAAACUGAAGAGGAAAUUGGAAUAUCUCGUGAACACAUCGAUAUUUGGAGUAAAAUGCCUCAAGUCCAGGGUCGUGAUAGAAAUAUAGCUAUAACACCAGUUAUAGGCCUACUUAGAAAUUACCACAGAGAUAAUCUUAGACCUAAUCUAGGAGAAGUUGAGGAAAUAUUCACAGUUCCAAUGAAAACAUUUUGUGAUGUUAAUAAUCAUGCACACUUAGAGUAUGACGGUAUAAUAAUACCUGUAUUUUUGAAUGAAAAGCAUAAAAUUUGGGGAAUAACAGGAAUGAUCACUCAUUUAUUCUUAUCGUGUUUUUUACCUGAAAAGUUAUAUAAUGUCAAUUUCAUGAGAAGAAAAUUCACUUUGGAUGAACUAAUGCCUUCUAAACUCUGAGUGGUGAUGUUAAAAUAUGUAUCGAUCUACAUGGAUAGAUAGGUACUAAAUGACUUAAAUAAGUAUAUACCUUCAUUUUUGUAUUCAUGUUUCAAUAUAAAAUAUUGAUAAAGGUUUUAAGUAUAAAUUAGAAUAAUUAAAUAAACCCAAUAAAUAAACUGUGAUAGUAAAAAAUUAACAUUUUUGGACACAUUGCCAGAAAGAUAAUUGACAAAUUAGAAAAUCUGCUGAUAACUGGCCAGGUAUUCGGAAGAAGACCAGACAAGUCCAAUGCUCUGGACUCCGAUGCAGGACUAGAUAAACUCGACUCUCAUCACCUCGGUCCAUGUUGCCAUCCACACCGCUGAGGAUAGACAGAGAGGGUGUUGGAUUGUCAGGAGAAAGUUAUUCAGUGAGGUUACGACCCUCAAUAUUAGGAUUAUCAAUGCAAGAAGCAAGAGUAAAAAAGUGACCCAGUCGCAAUAUAUUAUUAUUGUUGUUAAUAAUGACAAACGACAAAAUGUAUAUAAUGUAUGACCUUGGAUUUAUUAUUUCUGAUGUUUCAAAUACUUCACAAGUUAUCGUUGUCACUAAAGUUUUAUAUGUCAACAUUGAAAAUUGUAUGGAAAUCCGUAAAAAUUAAAAGCGAGAUUAAAUUGAAGAA